ACUCAAAGUUAUAGCUUUCAAGACUAAGAUGGAGUAUAACCUGGGUAAGAGAACGAGAGAUGAAUACGAAGAACUGCAAGGUGGUCACUACAAUGCAGGUCCGCUCGAUGAUUAUGAGUCCAAGAAACAGCAUAUCGAUCCAACUGCUGAAUUAAUUUUGAAUAUUUGUAAAGAUAUCAGAAGAUUAGGUGAAAACAACAAUAUUGCUAAUCAGGUUGAUGAGAUAUCAUACUUUUCCAAUCCAAUUGUGGCCGAGUUUGAAAAAAUUGAUAAUUUAAGAACUUCAAUUUUGAAUACCUUAUACGCAGUUGUAAUUGAACAACCUCAAAAAAUCAAUUGCUUAAGUAUAUUGAUAUUGAUAUGUAAUGCUAAAAACUUUUUAGUUUCAAAAUAUGUUAUUGAAUUCUUUCAUGCUAAAAUGCAAACUUUAUUAGAUGCUGUUAAAACUCAACAAGCAAAAUCAGCUGAUGAUAUCGAAAUCGAUAAAGAUGACUCUAAACCGGCAAGUAAAGAUGCUAAAGAUGACGCAUUCAAUGAAGAUGCUGGUAUUCUCAAUAAUUUGAAAUCGAUUUUGAAGUUUUUAGCAACCUUGUCACCAAUCAUUAGUGAUUAUUCAAUCAUUAAUGUGUUUAAACAAUUUUUAAGUGUAUCAAUAGAUUUACAAGAUUCCGAUGAAAAUAGAAAUGGGGUCGCAGAAGAAAUCUUUUACAACGUUUUGAUUGCUUUACCAUAUUUAUUGAGUAAUGAUUUUUCUGAUGAGAUGAUUAAACAUGUUAAUGACUUGGUUGAAUUGGGUCAUAAAUUUAAUAUCAAAGAUAAAGAUGAAUCCAACCAAAUUUCCAUCUGGGAGCCUUUUGAUUCUAAGUCAGGGAACUUUGAUGAUGAAUUGCCUUAUCAUCUGAAAAAAAUGAUCAACUUAAUCUUGCCUUCAAUCGUUAAAUUGCAAGGUGAAGAUAAAUCUUGGAGUGAUUUGAAAGAUAAAUUAUUCAUUAACUUUAAAGAAUUGGCUGAUCCUAUAAUUGAAGAUUCUUUAAAAAACAAUACCAUUUCAAAUGAAAUUGUAAAGCAUCCUUUACCACAGUUGUCAACACCCUCUUUGGAUUCUUUGAAAACUUAUGAACCUAGGGGGUCAAUUGAUAAUUUAUGGAAAAAACACCCAAGAGUUUUGUUCCAAGUUUAUAACAUAACAACUGAUUUUGAAACAGUUCCUUCCAUUGAUUCUUAUCAUGGUUUGUUUUUGAAGGAUAUAUCGUUUGAUAUUUUAACGAACUUAUCGUUUAAUCAAAAGGAAGCUUCUAUUCAAUUGUCAAUUCUUGAUUUGUUCUUUUCAAGAAAUUUAUUCACACCUCCAGGUUCAUCUAUUGAUCAGUUAAGUAUGAUCCAUCAAGACAAUAAGUCGGGUGAAAACUCACCCCCAUUAUCAACUUGGAAAGUCGAAGAUGUUGCUGUUGAAAGUAUCUUGACAAUGAUUUUCCAAUUACCAACUCCAUUACACUAUGAAAUUUACUAUUAUACAGUAUUAAUUGCUUGUUGUCGUGAAAGUCCAGAAUCCAUCGCUCCAGUUUUCGGUAGAGCAAUUAGAUAUUUCUAUAAUCAUUUAGAAAUGUUGGAUUAUGAAUUAAAGAUUAGAUUUUUAGACUGGAUGACAAUUCAAAUAUCAAAUUUCGAAUUUAGUUGGAAAUGGGAUGAAUGGGUUGACGAUUCAAUCAAAUUAUCAAAGUUGAAGUAUCAUCCAAAGAAAAAUUUCAUCAAAAAUUUAAUUUCUAAAGAAAUCAGACUUUCGAAUAAGAACAGAAUCAAGGACAGUUUUGUCACCAUGAAACCAGAUCCAGAUAAUGAAGAUGAAACUAUUUUAAUUCACUUGGGUGAAUUCCAUAAAUAUUUGAAUAUUUCGUUAUUUUCCAAUGAAGUCGAAUAUAUCAUAAAUUAUGAUAGCGAUGUAUAUGGAUCUGAUAAUGAAGAGAUAAAGAAUUUAUUGUCUGGGCUCAUCCGUGAAAGGAAAGAAAGCAUAAACCCAUUGGCCAUUUCACCACAAGAGGAAUUGAUAUAUAAUUUUUCCAAUCCUCAAUUACCACUUAAUGAAAUUUCAAACAAGGUAUAUGAUUUCAUUAUAAGUAAUUGGAAACCCAAUGAAGAAUUUAAAGACUUGAUUUCUUCUAUUUUAGAAGAAGCAUCAAAUGUCGAAAAUAUUAAACCAGAAAAAUUUUUAAUAAAUUUGAUAUUCCAAACGUAUGCUUAUAUUGGAUCAAGAUCUAUUUACUCGAUAGUCAGUAUAUUAAGCCGUGAUGUCAACAAGUUGAAGUUCAUCAGUGGUGUUGAUAUCAAAGAGGAAGACUACCAAAUACCUAAUGAGUAUAAAUUUGAAAAAUUAGACUUAAGUGAGGAACAAUUCAGUGAACGCCAGAAUUGGGUAAUUGAAUCCAUUUUUAGAAUUUGGAUCCACCAGCCCCAAGUAUCAUUUUUGAUUUUAGAAUAUUUGAUUGAAUUUGGUAUUUUAAAACCAAAUUACUUAAUUGAGAAAUCCUUAAACUUGGACUCUAAUUUAAUUAUUGAAAAUGUUUCAUGUAUGGAAUCGGUCAAUAGAAUUUUAAGUGUAAGUUCUAAGAAUGAGGAAACCGAAGAAUUCAAGGAUUCAAUUUUACUAUUAUUUAAAUUGAUUGUUGAUAACUUGAAUGCCAUUCAAAUCCAGGAUGAAGGAUUGAUGAAGAAGAUUGACUACCAAUGGUUAUUUUACGAAUAUAGAGGCUUAUUAAAAAGUUAUCUAAGAAAGUUUGUUGAUUAUAACAGUAAAUAUUUUGAUGAUAUUACUGAAGUUAUAAAUAAAAUUAAAAACAACUCGGUCAAACAAGACGUUUUAGAAUGGAUCGAGGAGUCAAAAAUAUAA